AUGCCCCCACAGACUUCCGUUUCCAACGCUCUAACCAAUACCAGUGAUAGUCCACUCAUCCACCUCUCUCCCGCCGCAAACGUAAUCAUCACUAUCAACGUCAUCAACGAAGACGACCCGUCCUCUCAGUCUGAGUCGGACCAACCCCAUUCCCAACCUCUCAUCCGCCUACUCGCCAACGACACCAUCAUCCGUUCUGCCUCUCAGAAGUUCUCAGCCACGUUGUUGUCCCCUUUGGAACCUGAAUGUCAACAGCAGAACCGACUACUCAGCCACCCUUCAGACGUGUGGCCCCAGCCUCCAACCCCACCGAAGGAGGUCUUUCUCCCUAUCCCGGAUGAUAACACGGACCCCGACGCUUUAAGAACAAUCCUUUGCGUCUUACAUCUCCGUAAUGAUCUAGUGGAUGAAGUUCCCAAGCCCAGAGAACUACUCCAUAUAGCGCUCCUUGCCGAUAAAUAUGAGUAA